AUGGCGACAACAUCUCAGAAGCACACGCUCUUUGUUGCUGAGCCUAUGGGAGAUAAGCCUGUGACAGAACUGGCUGGUAUUGGAGAAGUUCUGGGCAGGAGACUAGAGAAUCGAGGCUUUGAUAAAGCUUAUGUAGUUCUUGGUCAGUUUCUUGUUCUCAAGAAGAAUAGAGAGUUAUUUUUAGAGUGGUUGCAGGACUUGGUGGCAGCCAAUUCCAACCAAGCAUCAGAGUGUUAUCAGUGUCUUGCUGACUGGUGCAGCGAGUUUCUGUAA